AUGGAUCGUUAUUUGGAUGUCGAUAAUAACAAUGAUAAUGAUGGGAAUAACAGCCCAGAGAAUCAAGAUAAUGGCUUUCAACAACAGAUUCAACAAUUGUUGCAAUUAAUGGACCCUGUGAAAUGGCUUGAAAUGAUAAGCCACGCUUUUGAAGCUAAUAAUAUUCAGAAAAAUUGUCAAAUAGCAGUUAUUGGUGCGUAUCUUACAGGAAUGGCAGCUAUGUGGUGGGAAACUAGGUGUAAUACUAGACCAUACAUUGAUCAUUGGGAGGAUGAUUUUCACCCAGAUGCCUGA